AUGGAAGCGUCGAUCUCGCAUCUUCCUCAAAACACCUCCGCGGGCAGUUCCACCGCCCUCAACCUCCAGACCCUCGACCUGGCUCCGCUCAUCCUCAAGGGAGUAAUCAUGGCCGUCAUUAUUCUCGGGGCCAUCCUAGGGAACGCUUUGGUUAUAAUCAGUGUUGUGAGGCACCGCAAGCUCAGAAUCAUUACAAAUUAUUACGUCGUGUCGCUGGCCUUCGCAGAUCUGCUGGUCGCUUUGUGCGCGAUGACGUUUAACGCGAGCGUUGAAUUGACGGGUCGUUGGAUGUUCGGCCCGUUCAUGUGUGACGCUUGGAACUCGCUAGACGUAUACUUUUCGACAGCAUCCAUUCUUCACCUUUGCUGCAUCAGCGUGGACAGAUACUACGCCAUCGUAAGACCAUUACAAUACCCCAUUACUAUGACUCACAAGACUGUGUCCUUCAUGCUGGCCAAUGUCUGGGUCCUCCCGGCGCUCAUAUCCUUCAUACCUAUCUUUCUAGGAUGGUAUACGACCGAAGCGCACGAAAAGUACCGUGCGGCGCAUCGCAAUGAGUGCAUCUUUGUGGUGAACACUUAUUAUGCUCUCAUAUCUUCUAGUGUUUCGUUUUGGAUCCCGGGAGUUGUUAUGGUCACCAUGUAUUUCAGGUAA